AUGUUGUUGUUCUUCUUUAAGCGAGGUGAAAUUACAAUGUAUCUUCUUGUCUAUGUGGAUGACAUCAUAGUGGCGAGUUCAUCUGAUUCUGCGGUUGAUGCAUUGCUCAAAGAUCUACAAUGUGAUUUUGCUCUCAAGGAUUUGGGAAAUCUUCAUUAUUUUCUUGGUAUUGAGGUGAAGAGGAAAAAUAAUGGAAUACUGCUGACACAGGAGAAAUAUGCUAAUGAUCUUCUCAAACGAGUUGCGAUGCAACAUUGCAAGCCAUCGGAUACACCACUUUCAGUUUCAGAAAAAUUGUCAAUUGAAGAUGGUGAUCAGCUGAGUGGUGAGGAUGGAACCAGAUACAUGAGCACAGUAGGAGCAUUGCAAUACUUGACAUUGACAAGACCAGAUAUUGCUUUUGCCGUGAACAAGGUUUGCCAGUUUCAUCAUUCACCCAUUAGCAUACACUGGACUGCAGUUAAGCGAAUUUUGCGAUACAUCAAGGGUACACUUGGAGUAGGACUAAAAAUUACAAAAUCAAAGUCUACCCUUGUGAGUGCAUUCUCAAAUGCUGAUUGGGCGGGUAGUCCAGAUGAUCGUAGACCUACAGGUGGUUUUGCUGUAUAUUUCGGCGACAAUCUUGUUUCUUGGAGUGCUCGAAAGCAGGCAAUAGUGUCUAUGUCAAGCACUGAAGCAGAGUACAAAUCUCUAGCUAAUGCAACAGCGGAGAUCAUUUGGAUCCAAACACUUCUCAAGGAGCUCGGAAGAGAGUUGCAGAGAAGCUUCUUGAGAUUAGAUUCAUUCCCUCUGGCGAUCAGGUGA